AUGGGAAACUCUGGGAGCUCAUCGUCCAAGGUGCGCCAAAAGUCGGAUUCCAUGGAUUUCCGUGAUAAGCCGCACUCAGCCAGGGUGAGCAUUCAGUCGUUAUGUGCGGCCCAUUUCAAGUGUCGAAAGCUGUGAAAAAACAAGAAUUUGUUAUGUUUAGGAGUUUUCGCUUAUGGUGGCAAUGUUUUGAAAGAAAAUUAUAGAUUUAGGGAAGAUUUUUCAGAAGUUCCCAGAGAAAGUUUGAUCGUAAAAUUGAAUAUUCUAUGAUUUAUUCAUUGAUAUAAAGCAAAAUUUUUUAGUUUUGAAGGAAUUCAUCUCAAAUUUAAACAUUCGUAGAAACACCGAAAAAAUUGAAAUUCUCGCGCAAUCUCAGUAAAGGUCAUUCAAAACUGUAUUCCAAUAAGUUUCGAAAUAUCUUUCCGAAAAUUCUGGUCAGAAAUGAGGUUAAACAACUAAAAAGUUCCUGGAUGUUUUUCAAGAAUCACAUAUAAAUCUACCAGGACUUCAACAAGAGCAAGAGCAUGAUGGAUAUGGGAACCCGAGGUCAGCCUCCAGCAAGUGCGCGCCAGAAAAGUAUCACCAGUAUCAAGGAGAAAGAGCGACCAAAAAGUGCUCGGGACGCCAAAACCACGUUCGUUUUUCCAUUCAUUUUCAAUAUUUUAAAUUUUAGUAAAUGGAACGUCGAUAUUUAGAACUUGAAGUCUCCAGAUUUUGAACCUGAAGUAAUGGUUUUCUUUCAGACCAGUGAACAACGUCGCUAGACAGAAGUCGAUGAGAAAAGAAAUCUCACAUCCAAUCACGGGCCAAGCGCGCGAAAUCAUCACACAAUGCUUCGAUAAUCCGCAUUCCGAGUUCGCCAACAAGGUUUGUAUAAUCCAUCGGAGUGAAGAAACAUGUUGAAUGAAAUAGAAAAUUUUUAGGUUCAAUUUUGAGAAAAGUAUAGAAGAUAUCAAUUUGAAAAUUGGGCAAAUCGAAGCCUUCACUGCAAAUAAUCAAGUAUAGACACUGAAAGAUAGACAAAUAAUCAGAAGCCGUGUCGUUGAACUUCAUGGUUUUUUUGAUUGAUUUUGAUUGGUGUAGUCUUUUGAAGGAUUUUCCUUGCUCUGGAAGGUCAUUAACAAUUUUUUCAGUGAGAAAAAAGUCACGAAAUUUCCAGUUUUCCAAAUUUUUAAACUCCAAUGGAGUUUCAGAAUUUCCAAUCCUGAUUCUUGACUCAUUUCCAGUGAUCCAAGCUCAUAAAUAAGUGUCAAAGGCCAUAAACAUUAUCGCUGCCAACCAGGCACCAAUAACAUUUUGUUAAAUUGUUUUCUCGGAGCGUUUACCUGGUGUGACGCAAGUGUGUUCAAUUGAUGAGAUGUUCAGUCGUCUGUUGAUCUGACAGUUGCCCCACUCGAUCGAACUUUUUUUUUAUCUCGCUAGAGUUUUUAGAGCUCAAAGAUGUAAUUUGGAGGAUUGGAAGUUUUCAUUUCUUGUAGGCGUUGAUGUUUUUACAUCUUUAGAAAAGUUCGAUGUCUGAAAAAUGAGAAGCUCUGAUUUUAAAGAAAACUCCGAGAACAGAAUGGUCAGAGUCCUGCAGCUUCCUUUCAUGGAACUAGGGAAAAAAUCUUUGCAAGCUCUCAAUCUUUCAGAAUCAACGAUUUUAGAUCGGAAUAGUGAUAAGAUCAAUCUGAGAUGAAACUUUUGAUUUUAUAACAAAAACAGUUGAACAAAUUAAAAGAGGGGAUACUGGAAAAAAUCUAUUUAUGUUUUUUACUAAUCCAUCAUUUCCUACGCCUACAGAGCUUUUUCUUCUCAUUACCUAGAAAUGAAAAGUUUUUUUUGUGCGUAUUUACAUCCGGUCGUCAGUGCGUCAGCUGUCGUUCAGGAAAGAACAAAAAUAAAAGCCGUCCGAAAGAAUCGGGUAGUUCGCGUGGAUUUUGAGGGAAAUCCAAGAGACGUCUCGGUCAAGACAAGGAACUUGCACUGAUAGAUCAGUACAUGAUAGAUCACUGAUGUUUCUUUUGUUUUGGGUUCCCAAGAUUGGGGUCAAAGAAUGGGGAUCCCGAAAAGUCUGAAUAGACAGAUUAAGUAUAUAGAAUGUGAUAAUAAGUUUCCGAGGUUGAAAGUGAGAUUUAAAAAUAGGACUAAUAUGAAAGUCUAUCGCACUGUGCACUGUUGAAAAAAAAAUCUAAUUUUUAGAUUUAAAUUCAAUAAGAACUGAGAUUAUUUAACUUUUACGCAAAUUUCAGUUUUUCAUUGACCCAUUUUCUUAUUCACCCCAUCUGUAACAAUCUUUUUCGAGUCUUUGCCAUUUUCUCUACCAUUAAAAGAGCUACGCGCCCGACCUCAAACAACUUGCGCGCGGUGACAUCGAAAUGAGAGAUUUACGUUCAAAAUUGAAGGCUUUAAUCCCAUCUUUUCCUAUUGUUUUCGAGUUCAAACUAAUUUAACUGUAUUUUUUACAUCAGAAUUAUUAUGAAACUUGAUCUUGCUCUGAUGAAAAGAGAUUCAGGAAAACAUAUAAAAGUAUGAUUCUCAGUCUAGUUUUUUUCGAAGUCACUACAAAAAUCAUUAAUUCCAGGUCCUCCAACGGAUAUUCGAGAAAAGACUGGACUACCAGAAGUUCAUCAUGCAGUUAGGCAAAGAGAAAUCUUCGUCGGUCAACAUCCGACUGAAGGAACUCAUCGAAGAAGUCGUGGCGAAGGUAAUUCUCGAGCUCCAACGCGAAAAAGAGGAAAACAAAACUUUCUCUCUCAAUGUGCAACAAGCCUUGAUUGAUUUCUGUGUGCAUAGAACUAAUUUUAAACCAAGACACAUGUGCUCAGUUUUUUUCUUCCGUUGGUCCGAUUCUCAGUAUCAUUAAGAGCAAAGUGAAAAAAGUCAUGGGAAAUGAUUUUCAAAGAAAAAAUUAUUUUUUUUUUGGUAUGCUUUAUAGUUUCUCAUUUCCUUUUUUUUUGAUCUCAUACUCACUUCCUUGUGAUUUUUUUGGAUUCAUAUCACUUCCUUAAGUGAAUGAGAUUUUGCAAAGGAUGUAAUGACUCAUUGAGGAAGUUUUUCAGAUCCACGAUCCUGAGGUCAUCGACAGACUUUCAAGGCAAUAUGGAGAAGAUCACGUUGAGCUCAAGCAGUACGGCUUCAAGCCAGAUUUCUGGGUCGCGAUUGCAGAUGCCAUGACUUUGGAAGGCGUCAUCUUGGACAUGGCUAGCCAUCAGGUUCUUUUGAAAAUAUUCCGCAAUAAACUAAGCCAAUGAGACAGGAAUUUAUGGCAAAAUUUGGAUUUUGUGUCAACUAGCUUUUUUGGAUUGGUAAAAUCUGGAAAGUUCGUGAAAAAAUUUCUAAGUCAAAAAUAAAACUCCGCAGUUAUGAUGACUCAUGCUACGGCUCAAUUACUCCGAAAAAAAGCGUUUCAUAUCCUCAAGAAGUUUUGAUCGUCUCUUUGAAGCUUCACAAAUCUGUUUGAAACAUUAAAGACGAAUAAAUACAUAAAGUGCUUGAUUUCAGCCUGCCGACACGGUCUCGGCUUGGUCGUCUUUAGUCACCAUGAUGUUCUCGGCCGUCCGUGAUGGUUACUACACGGCUCUUCGGAGACAUCGAAUGAGCUCCAGAAGACAGCUCAAACAUCAGAAUACCAUCGAUUCCAAAGAAGAAGAUGUGAGUUUCAGGAAAAUUCAAACAAGAAAGUUCUCGAAAAAAAACCAUUGAUUUGAGAAAAAUCAAUUUUAGGGCUUGGAGAACGGCGGGAUGAAUACCGUCGAUACGGUCGCAAAUGCUCCAGUCGCCACUAUGAGAAGCAUCUCGAUGUAUGCGGCAAAUGUGUCGAACUCCAUGUCCGGGUCUUCGACGUCGUUGAACCGCAGCCGAGGUGAGAAAGUUCAACUUGUCUUGAGUCAGCUGCAAAUUGGAAUCAGGUUUGAAUACUCGGAUUAGGAAUAAUGGACUAGAAAGAGUUCUUUUUGAUGCAAUCCUGACAAAAAUCCGGAGUUUCAAGAACAGAAAAUACAGUCUUUGAAAUUAAACCUUAAACUGUAGAGUUGGUCAAACAAAUUUGCUCGAUUUUUAAUAGAGCUGGAGCGUUUUAUGACCGAAAAUAAAAUCGAUAAUGGCUUUCAUAAAAAUUAAGUCAUUUUUUUCAACAGGGACAAGAUUCCUGUAUGCAUAGUAACUUUUUGUGCUAGUUUGAUUUUUAAAAAAAUGUUGUAAGUAGUUUUAUCAAAUUUUUUACGACUUGAAUCAGCGUUCCAAGUUAUCGAGUGCAGCUUGUUUCAGCUCGAAAACUUUCCUGAAUCAAAAAAAAGUUGAAUGAAAAACCGGAAUUCUCUGAUUUCCUACUAAAAUUCAAGAUUCUCAAACAAGUAUAUUCCAGAAAGCCCCGUGAGCGCUCCUAACGCUCUCCGUCGUCGACCAAUCUUCGAAUGA